AUGUCUACAUUAUUGAAGAACGUAACCAAUUGCAUCUGGCAUGCUUUUGACUCGUUGCAAAGCAAAGAUGUCGUUCAUAAGUCGAAAUUAAAGGUGCUAACAGCAAAUAUUGGGACCUUACUGGACCUCUAUGGAGUAGAAAAGGGGCUUGAUCACUUCAAAUCAUCACAAGAACUUACCUUCGAUGAGUUCCGUUACUACCUGCAGCGUGAGGUCUUCAGCUCCCUGCCGAAGACUGCUACUUUACCAAUAGUCAGGGACUAUGAGAAGAAGAUCAGCGAGGUAUGUUGGCUGGUUUGCCGUAAAAGUCUACUAGGACGAGAUAAGAGCGUGUUUAGCGAUGACUCCGUGUUCAAGCUGUUCAGGAUCUUCUGCCUGCUCGGAGACUUGGUGCAAGAUGCUGAUGACUCCAAGCAUUAUAUGGUGGUACUCCAACCAUCAGAAGCGGGAAUAGUGGCAGAACAGUUAGUACAUUGCCUUGGACUCCGAUGGGAUACAGCUGACUGGGAGGCUCUUGGCUCUUCUAUAGGACACUUCAAAUGGGCAGCUUUCCUUGCCGUGUUGGAAGCUAAAUACUGUGGAGACCAACAGGUGCACCCAGAGGCGCUAGUUGAAGCCGUGGAUGAAAUAUACGAUGUCUUUAUUGAAGAUAUUAUUAAGAAGGGUUAUCUAUUCAAACGCGGUUAUCUCCUACCCACAAUGCGGGAGUAUUGGUGCGUCCUCCAGCCAUGUGCUCUCACCUACUACAAGAGUUCGUCACAGAAGGAGCAGUGUGGUCGAGUGCCUAUUGACGAGUACUGCUCAGUAGAAGCAGCUGCAGGGGAAGGCAAGAUACAACGGUUUCAACUCAUCACACCUGAUAGGACAUUUGAAUUUGGGACUCAAGACCAUAAGAGUCGUCUACAAUGGAUAUCAGCUUUGCGCCAAGCGGCGGCAGUAUCAGGUGGAGUAGAAGGCUACCAGCGCCGAGCUCGGGCUAUAAGACGAGGAGCUGGAGCGAGGCGAGAGAGAGAAGUGAGGGAGACACGAGCUCGACUGCAGCACGAGGUGAAGGCCAGACUCGCUGCUGAGGCACAAGCACAGGAACUGGUAGAACUAGCACAGCAGGACAAUAAGAAAUUAGAAGAGCUGAAAAACGCACAAGUAGAACUUGAAAAGCUGUUACAGGAAGAAACUCAAGCUAAACGAGACGAAGAAAUUGUUAGAGCAUUACAAGCUAGAGUAUUAGCAGAAGAAUGGGAGAGACGUGAAGAAUUGGAAAGACUUCAAGAGGAACAGAAUAAAAUGCUAGAAGAAGAAAGAUUGAAACGACAGCAGUUUGAAAAACUACAGGCUGAGAAAGAAACACAAUAUAGAGAAGCAGAAAAGCGUCUAAAGGAGCUAGAAGAAGAGAAACAGCGACUGGACGCUGAACUGAAGGCAGCUCAAGAUAAAAUAUCUAAGACUGAAUACACGGCACAGGCGUUGCAGGUACAACUAAGAGACAUCAACCCAGUAUUCCGUAACGGAGAGAGAGCCCGCCGCGCAUUAUCUUUCGUUCCGACCACAAAGAGUUCUUCCGAUACACUCAUCGACGUCAGAGCCAUACGACAUCUCAAGAUCCUAGAUGAUGAGGAGAAAUUAUGA